CUCUGAAGAUGAAGACGUUCAGUGUUGCAAUUGCAGUGGCCAUCAUGCUCACCUUCAUCUUCCUUCAGGAGAGUUCUGCUGUCCCAGUCACCGGAGAACAAGAGCUGGAAGAAGCGAUGAGCAAUGACAGUCCAGUUGCUGUACAUGAAGAGACAUCUGUGGAAUCAUGGAAGAUGCCGUAUAACAGACAGAAACGUGGCAUUAAGUGUCGCUUUUGCUGCGGCUGCUGCACCCCCGGUAUCUGCGAAGUGUGCUGCAGAUUCUGAAGAUUCCUGCACCAACAACCACUAAAUAAUCAUUUAUGUGCUUUUGUCUAAAAUUGUAUUUAUGGCAUGUAAACAUGUAAAGAUGUUACUAGGUGUGGUCAU